CAUUGCGGAUGUGUGUGCUGGGAGCUACUAGAUUGUGGUGCGAUUCUGUGUGUGGCGUUUGUCCGUCAUGUGUGUCGUGUGUGGCCUGGCCGCCCGCAAGCUCCGUCGUGUAGCUGUGUGCGUAUUGCAACCCGUCGUCCGUCGUGAAGAAAAUCGUGAAUUCCGGGCAACAGCAGCGCGGCACUGGCAAGGCAACGCCUACCAACCGAUCCAAGCAAACCGUACGUGUGCCGUCUGUGCGUGUGUGUCUGUCCUGUCGCGAAAAGAAUUUCUCCGCCAUCAUUGACGAGUAAGCGAUGUGGUGCUGAUCGAAAUGAUGAUGAUGCUGCUGCACUUCGCUGGAAAAGUAUGCUGUGGUGAGAACGAAUCGCCUGUGAGACCUCGCUGAGAUGAUGGCUCCAUCUCCAUUCUUUGUGCGUUGGUGGUGUGUGGUGGUACGUGUGUGUGUGUGAUGCAGAAGGCGUCCAGUGUAGGCUUAACCAAGUAACGUGACCACAUCAGUGUGUACUUUGCCGCGAGUGAGUGUGAAUGGGUGAUGAAACGCAUCUGGCCCACCACCAUCACGCUUCAGUUGUAGUAGUGUCCGUCCCCAAAACUUAAGUGUGUCCCUUUUGGCUUCCGGCGUGUCCCGGUCGGCUAAGGGUUUGCCGAACGAACGAAUGCCACACGGUGGUGGUGCAGCGGACGGGGAAAGCUGUGCGCUAUCAUCGUACCGGGAAAGUGGGAUAAGCGUAACGAAUUCUUCCCCACGCCGCAUGAAAACCUAGGUUACCAGGCUUACUCCCCGCCCCCGGGGGGACGUCCGUGCCGUGAACUCCGUGGGAGAGAGUCGGAGUUUCGACCGAACCCCUCCCCAAGGAAUGCAAACUGCUCUAGCGUGUAAAGAAAAACUUCACCAACUAUAUCCAGAGAAUUCUAAACACACCAACAUCUAAAGCCACGAUCCUAUUGGCAAGGAUUGGUGCGGCGCCACACAGGAUUCAUGGAGAACAAUCUGUCAUCCAACGCUGGACCGCCCGAAAGUAGGUCUCCCGUACACAAUCAAAGUAGCCGCAUCCCGACGACCCAGAAUGGCAGUGCCGGAUCCCCCCGACCGCAGCAACCACCACACAGCAACGCACAGCAACAACAGACACAGCAACCGAGGCCACAGACACUGACGCCGACGCGGGAAUCCGCGGCCAAUGGGUCGAUGGCGAUGCAGACGCUCGUCCUGACGGUGAGCAGGGAUGCGACCGGGUACGGUAUGAAGGUGUCCGGCGAUAAGCCCGUGUUCGUCGAGAGCGUCAAGCCGGGCGGUGCGGCACGGCGGGCCGGCUUAAUGCCGGACGACAUGAUACUGAAGGUCAAUGGAACAUCCGUACGCGCGUUAACCCACACCUACGUCGUGGAAAUGAUCAAAGCAUUGGACGCCGUUGAGCUAACCGUACAGCGUGGCAGCAACAGAAUGCAGCGACCAUCGCCAUCGACCAACUCCAUCGCACCGAUGACGCCGGUUGCGCAACGGAACAGCAUCACCGCUCCACAGCCCGUUGAUUGUGCAAAGCAACGGGAGAUGGAAGUGCACAAAAUGAACACGCUGCAGCUGAUGCUCGAUCAGGUGAAGAAAAACCGUGAUAUUCUGAUCGCCAGCAACAAACCGCCCGAGGAAAUUGCCCGGGCCGAGGUCACGAUCCAGAAGCUGGAAAAGGAACUGCAGCAGAUGCUUGGCGAGCCCGGCUCGUACCCGGCAUUCAGCCCGUCGUCGCUCAGCUCGCCACCAUUGUUUCCGCAACCGCAGCUUCCAACCAGUGGCACCACGACGACCUCGACGCCCGCCUUCCUGUCCCGCUUUCCACGCUCGCUGUCUUCGCUGAGCCUGGGUACGAAGAAGAAAUCGUCCGACUCCAAAGAGAUAAGUUCGCCGACGGCGGCCACCCUGUUCGGUUCGCCCGAGUGCCUUAGCCCGACGGAUGGGCUUGGCGGUCCGUUCGCCGGUGGCGGAGGAUUGGCGGGUUCUGGCAGUGGUGUCGGGUCGGGAACACCCACCAAGACGAAGAAGUACAGCGCGAGCAGUGCAGCCGAUCAUCACCAUCAUCAUCAUCUGCACGGCAACCAUCAUCACAUGAACCGGAGCGGUCACUUCGGUGGAGGUGGCAAACAGCAGCAAAACUCUGACAUACCACCACCGCUGCCACAGCGCAACAACAUUCCAAAAAAGUCCGAAGACAUGGUUGACAUGAUGAUGGUUGGCUCGCGACGCAACAUCCUGGUGUCCGAUCUGGACCAUCAGCUUGUCGGGCAGGACACGUCCAGUCUGCAUUCGGCAGGCUCUUCCGGUUCGGCCAGUUCGACGAAAGCUAGCAGCGGUGGCAAAUCGUCGCGUGGCAAGAAAAAGAACGGUAGCUCACACAACAGUAACAACGGAAGUGGCAACAAUAAAGCUAAUAACGCCAACAACAAUAUCGCCAUCGAGUCCCCGAUCGGUGAUGCGAACAUGGCCACGGGCAGUAUGGCUACGACGGCAACCAGUACGACAGAGCUGCAAGCAGAACCACCGCCCUUACCGCCACGCCAACCAGGCAUGCUGGAGGUGGUCAAUCAGAACCUCAUACUGAACAGCGACGACAAUGCUGGUAACAAUUGCACCAACAGCACCGCUGCCGGCACACCGAACGGUAAUAACAACAAUGGCAGCAGCGGCCGGGGCUCGUUCGAGAUGCGCCCACCACCGAACAGUAUCAAUACGCUGAUGAACUAUCCGCUCAUAACGAUCUGCACCCCGGUGCGCGACAAUAUGGCCGCCGCCUUUCCGCUCUCCUAUCGCCCGAACAUUGUGCACCAGAUGCAGCAGCAUCAGCAAACCACCGCGAUGAACCAAUCGGCAGCAGCAGCAGCAGCAGCGGGUGUUAAUCAAUCCAUCAACAAGAAACAUCGACGUAUCGUGUCUUCGCCGGAAAACAUCGGUGCGAAGGAUUUCGGCAUGGUGGGUGAUCAUCAUCAGCAUCCCUUCUACCGGCAUCACAAAACGUCCUCCGACUCGUGGGACAAGCGGUCGGAGAUAACGCCACCGGGCACGCCACCUCCACCGUACCUGAGCACCUCGAUGACCGGCGGUGGUAGUCCUGGCGGCGGCGGCGGUGUCGGUGGUGCUCAUCAGCAACAUCAUCAGCAUCCGCACCAUCAGCAUGGCGGUCAUCUGCAUCACCAUGAGCACACCACUGCCGGUGAUCUGGCAAUAGCAAACCCUCUCAGUAGCAUUAACAACAACAACCACCACCACAGCAGCAGCAGCAGCAGCAUCGGGAAAAACGGCACCACCAACGCGACUGGUGGCAACAACAAUAACUUCAACAGCAUUAACAACAACAACAACAAUGGUGGCAGCCAUAUGAGCUCCUCCUAUCAUGCACACCAUCACCAUGGACAAUCGCCUGUCGGCGGGACAAAUGCGGGUGGUACGGGCACCGUGCCGGGAUGUAUCGUGGCAGCGCAGGCCAAUGUCGCCCAGAAGCCGAUCAUCUCGAUGGAAGACGACGACAUCUCGGACCAGGAAAGUUUCAUCGAGGAGAACAGCCCGUUCCGAUCGCUGACGCAGCUGCUCGAGGCGGAAAAGUCCGUCUAUCUGGCCGUGUUUCUGAACUUUGUGCUCACCAACUCGGACCCGUCCGCGCUGCUGUUCUAUCUGAUUACGAUGCUGUACAAGGAGGGCAGCGUGAAGGAUAUGCGCAAGUGGGCGUACGAGAUCCAUUCGACAUUCCUCGUACCGGGAGCGCCGCUGCUGUGUGCGAACGUGGACGAAGCGCAGGCACGCGACAUUGACGACGUGCUGCAGAAGGAGAACGACAAGGCAGAGAUACUGCGUAUGGUGUUCGUGCGCAGCCGGCUGAAGGCGAAGGAGACGAUCAACCAGCAGCUGCAGCAGUUUCAGACGAAGCGUACCGCCGGGCUGGGCACAAUGUACGGACCGAACGAUCAGCUGCUGCAAAUGGCCAAAGGUGACAAGGUGAAGGAGCAACGCAUCAUCGACGAAACGUUGCUGCCCAAGCUACAACAGUAUCUUGAUGAGCUCGAGCGUGAGUCUCCCAAGGAGGAUCCAAAGAAGUCGGCCCUAUGCUCGGCCCUGUCGACCGUACUGAUGCGGUUCUUCGUUACCCGCUGCAAUCCCGGCGGACCGAUCGACAAGGUGCACCACUUCGUUAGUCGCGAGAAAAGCUUCAAGAGCCGGCUGAUGACCAAGAACCGGAAGCAGACGAUCUGCGGCCACAACUUACACCUGCAGCCGUACUACGAAGUGACGCGGUGCAAUCACUGUCAGAACAUUCUGUGGGGUGUUAGCCCGCAGGGCUACCAUUGCACCAACUGCGAAUUGAACAUUCACCGGGCGUGUGCAAAAGAUCUGAACGAGUACUGUCCUGGGCCGGCGACACAGAAGAACGACAGCAAAAUCACCAAACUCAUGGAGAAAAUCUCGAGUCGCAAUCAUCAUCAAGAUAAGUCCCGCCGACAUGAUGAUGAUGCGACGGCAGAUGACACAACGAUAAGUGAGCGAGGAACCAACACAUCCUUAGCCCGCCAGCCAUCGGACCGCCGGCAGAACCUGAGUGGACAGCUAGCUAACACUAGUGGCACAUCCGACCAUCUCAACAGCUCAUCGUCUGAUGCCUACGGCUACAAACAGUCGGUGGAUGAUGAUCAGUUCCGUGAAAACGUUAAAUCCAAAUCUGCCCCCGUAUCGGUAAACCGAUCCGAAUCGUACAAGGAAAGAUCGCAGAAGAAAACGCGCACCACGCGAAGGAAAACAUCCGAUCCGAGCUUGACAAAAACGGCUGAUGAACAAAAUGAAGCGUCCUCGUUGGCGAACAACAACUAUUCCAGCAGUUCCACAUCUAGUCUUCCAUUGGCACUGGACAGUCGAUCGACCUCACUGGAGGCGGUUAGUGGUGGUGGUGGUGGUGGCGGUACCGGUGCAAUGACUGCGGCUUCCUCGGCUGGUCCAGCAGGAACCGUCAGCGGUACAAACCCGACACACUCACCGGCCACCAUCCUUCCCUCGAGUGCGUCGACCGUGAGCGGGACGAGCGUGGCGCACGGUAUCGGUGGCCCCGGCAGUGGUUUGAGCGUUCCUACCGCCCGCGAAUGGAUCGACAGUGAGGACGAGGGUACGGUCGAACCGGAAGCCGACUGGAGCUCAAACAUCCCGCCCGAAAUCCUCUCCUCCAUCAGCGAUCUGGAAAAGAAGCGCCAGGAAGUGAUCAACGAGAUCUACCAAACCGAGCGUAAUCACGUCCGCACGCUGAGGCUACUGGAGGGCAUCUUUAUGCGGCCGCUGCAGGAAUCCGGUGCCCUGCCGCACGAGCUGCUGAACUUACUGUUUCCCCACUCGCUGAUCCACCUGAAAGAUCUCCACACCGCGUUCGAGCUGAAGCUCAAGCAGCGGCGCAGCGAGCACGGGAACGUCGUACGUGAGAUCGGUGAUCUGUUGCUGACCAUGUUCGAUGGACAAACCGGCGAAGAGCUGAAGGAACAUGCGGCACAUUUCUGCGCCCGGCAACAGAUCGCCCUGGAGGCGUUAAAGGAGCGUCGGAAAAAGGAUGAACAGCUGCAGCGCCUCCUAACCAAGGCCGAAUCUCACAAAGCGUGCCGACGGCUGCAGCUGAAGGAUCUGCUACCGACGGCGCUACAAAGGCUGACCAAGUAUCCGCUGCUGUUUGACAAUUUGUACAACUUUACCGUGCGCAGCACGCCGAAGAAUGAGGGCGAGGCGCUCGCCAUCCGCAAGUCACACGAGUCCGCCAAACGGAUACUGGAUCACGUCAAUCAGGCGGUGCGAACUGAGGAAGAUAUGCAUAAGUUAUUAACAAUCCAACGCAAGCUCGACAAGAGUGGGCUAGAUAAGGAAGCUUCUAUUGAAUUUAGAAAUAUUGAUCUAACCGUACGUAAGCUAAUCCACGAUGGGCCUUUAACGAUGAAGAAGAAUCCAGGUGUACAACUGCAUGGUCUACUGUUCGAAGAUAUAAUGGUGUUGCUGCAGAAGCAGGACGACAAGUAUCUUGUCAAGUAUCACUCUAGUCCCGGGCUCGGCGGAAGCGAAAGCAAGUACGCCGAAGGCCGCUUUAAUCCGAUCACCAAAAUCCAUCUCAUACUGGUGCGACAGAGCGCCGUCGACAAAAAUACGUUCUUCCUAAUCAACACCAACGUCUCGCAGAUGCUGGAACUGACCGCACCGAGCAGCACCGAGUGCAAAACAUGGUUUAAGCAUAUUUCCGAUGCCGCCGAUGCGUACAAAGCACGUACCAAAGGAACGCACGAGUACGGUGACGAGAGUGCCGGCGGUGCUGGUCACCCGCCGAAGGACAGCUUUGAAACCGUCACCGAGACGCAGAAGAUCGAACAGACCUCGACCCCGAUCGAGCGGUUAGAGCGCAAGGAUACGCAGUGUCGUGCGGUGAGCAGUAGCGCCGGCCAUCAGCAACAGCACCAGCACCAGCACCAGCAGCAACAGCUCCCGGCCCACGGUGGUCCAGGUGGUGCGGCGGGUCACGCGCACCCGGCGACAGGCCCAACCGGACCCGGUGGUCGACCGUCGGUGGAUGAAUCUCGUCUUUCGGCCGGGCCCGGCGCGGCGGCCGGCCCUAACGCCAACGAAACGGAGGACAAUCUGGAGAACGAGGAAAAGGAAAAGUUCAAACGUACGCAGCGGCACGAAUGCAACGGUGGCCGUACGACGGACGAUGAGGAGCCGGACGAUGACGAUCAUUAUCCGCGCGGUCCGAGUGCGGGCGGACGGGGUACGAACAAUCCGCGCACGAUCACGCAGCAGUGUUCGCUGGUCGCCCCGAGUGAGAUUCAUGUUAGCGUGAGCGCGACGCUCACCGCGGAACCCAUCCUAACACCGGCGGAGCAACUGCGUCGCUACGAUCAGCUGAUCCAGCAAACGCUCGCCAGCAAGCAGCGGGUCGUGUGCGACAUGUUCAAGGUGCCGGACGAACAUUUCCAGGCGAUCGCCGACAUCGCCGCCCAGCCGGAAGCACCAAAGGAACCGACCGACAUUGUGCUGGCCGCGUUCGCGUACGGCCAAACGCUGAUGGAGAUCCUGAGCGAGUAUAUGCGCGUGACGGAGAGCCAGCAGAUCAGUGCCGUUUCCACCUCGACCUGUGAUGAGUGUAGUGGCGGUGUGCCGUUGCGCGGUCGCACCACCAAGAACCACAUUCCGUCGUUUACCGCCACCGCCAAAGAAACGAUCGAACCGACCGUACCGACGAUAGGUGGUGGUGGUGGUGGUGGUGGUGGCGGUGGUCCGCCAGCCUCGCCCACAUCCGCAACCACUUCCCCGCAAACGGCGUCGCAACCGAUCGGCAUAGCUUCGCAGGAUCAAUCCGUCAACAUCACCGAGGAUGAGGAUGGGUACUGCGAAAUUGAUGAAGUCCGUGCUGCUGCCGUACUGUUGGCCGAGAACGAGAAAGCGCGAAAGCUGACGGAAGCAUCGAAACUCGCUGCUGCGGCCGCUGCGGAUACCUUAGACGACGGUGGCGUUGCGGGGGACGUUGGUCGUGCACCCAAAUCACCCGAGUCCCACAUAGAAAUCAAUGAGAACUAUGACUCGACGAUGAGUCCAUCCAUGACGCAGAAAUACUCUGGACCCCUGGGAGGGGAGCUGUGCGGCAAGAACCGAUUGCUGCACGCUACGACCGUUGCCCCAACCGUACCGUGCCAUCUGAUAGCGAACUACGUGACUGGUUUGAAUGCCCAGAUUUCGCAGCUCUUGCAUAAGAUUAACGAAAAGGAUAUAGAACGAGAACACCUGCGACGGGAAAAUCAACAACUGCGGGAGCUGCUGAAUGCAAUGCAUCAGGAACGUGUUUUAGAAUCACAGGAAACCAACCAAGAACAGCAGCAGCUCGCACCUGGCGAUGAACAACCGGCAGCAGCAGUCGCACCAUCAUCCUCCCCAUCCUUUUCCACGCUGAGCUCGGAAGCCGUAGCGGCGACACCUACUAAUCAGCAGCAGCAGCAAACGUCAUCAACUCCACUACCGGAGGAACAGACCACGACCGGGCCAACCGGGAACAACAGUGCACCGACAGUGCCUACGGACUGAAGCAAUAAGAAAAAGAAUGUCAGGAAGCAGGCAGCCGCGUAUUUCAAAAAACCCAACCCCCUUCCAGCUAUUGUUCGAACGUGGUGUGUGGAUCCCGGUUGUGGCUCUAUGUGUAGUAGUAGGUAGUGUGCCGCUUCGAAAGCAGAGCAGCACAAACGAUCGAAUACUCUGUCCUUCUGUGAACACACACGCACACCACAAACACAUUUAAUUUGAAGGAAGGAUAAAGCACGCGCGAAGGAUGAUGUGGGGUGAGCUAGGGGAGUGAAGGGGGAGGGGGGGGGAGGAGAAUUAGAAUAAUUAAAACUACCAUCACUAGCGCUCCCCGGGAGCAGCAUGAACGUCAUCGUCGUGAACAUAAGAACAAUCGUAGUAGCACAACAGUGAAGUCGGUACCCGGUUUAUAUAUCCUUACGCGAUCGUAGCAGGCGAUUUCUUUUUUACCUUGGUGAAGCUACUAGGAUUAUUGCUGUGUACAGAUUCACUCAAUCUCGCUCUUACAGAAUUGUUUCGAGUAGAAGCACCACUUGUAGCAGCUACUCUUUCACUCCCUAUCAUUCGCUCUCGCUAGUAGUGCAGUUCUAGUGUACAGUAUCCCUAUCUCUCUCUCUAUAUUUCGCUCUUUUGCUUACACGAUGUAAUAAUGCUCGGAGAGAAAGGUGAAUAAGCGCGCCUAGUAAGAUUAAAUAGCCAGCACACACACACACACACACAAUACACAUGUGUAAACGUAGCAGCAAUGUACGUGUGUGUGUGUAUGGGAGCGUGCGUGCAUGUUUUACCUUUUCCCCCCCACACACACACACACACACACACAAGACUUAUCCUUGCAGUUGUUCUACAUAUCCGUGUGCCUUCUUUUUAUCCUCUCAGUCGUAAGGUGGGACUUUUUUGUUUUAUUGUUAUAGAAGAAAAAAAAGCCAGCAUGGAUUCGUUUUUGUUCUCGUCGUUCCUUUUUCUUCGUUUUAAGUAUACGUGAGGCGUGUAUCGGGCACCGUGCGGGCGAAGGCGACGGCGGCCCUCUAUUGUAAUUGAUUUCCCUCUUUCCAAUCUCUGCUACAGCCCACUUCUUAGUGCUUAUGAGUUAUGAGUGCAAAAAACAAACAAACAGGAGAAAACAGGAUGAAGGAAUCCUUUCCCCGAUUUUCCGAUUUCCAGCCAGCCAGCUUUUGCAUGACCCAAGCGAGCAUGAAUGAUAUGAUAUGGAGGUCGGUUUUGGGGCGGGUGGGGGGGGAGGGUUGUUUUUUCUUCGCAUAAAAGCAUUAUUUUAUGACUAUCAUUAUGAAGUAAUGUAACGUUAUUAUUAUAUUAUAUAAAAAUAUUAUAAUUAUUAUUAUUAUUAUUGUAAAACCUGUCUCUGCUAUCGCCGCGCUACUACUGCUAUUGCUACUAUUACUACGCUGUGUUAGUUACACCCGAACCGAGACCCCUGGGGACGACUUUUCAGGAACACUAAACACACACACAAAACCCCACUCUUCCGCCAAACUGUGGAGUGCGGCGCAGAAUAAAUGGUUUAAAAAAGAGCGUUGAACAGAAAA